AUGGCGAACUCGGCUGAGAUCUUCUUUCGCGUUCUCUACGCCACCGUCUACACCUUACUGCACGUCCUACUCCUCGCGCUGCUGCUCGUGACGCCCGGCGAUCUCAUAAACCAGUCACGCUAUCGCCACGACGUUGUCUCCAUCCUUAUCGUCGCUGGCGCCUAUAUCUUUGGCAUUCUCGUCAUCGCGAUCGUCUUCUUCCUGCGCCUCUUCCUCAAGCGUGCCGUCCUCAAUUCCAUCCCCAAGUCCUGGGUCCCCAUCGAAAAAGGCGAUGUCUCGAAGCCGGUGCGCAGCAUGAUCAGCGCCGGCCUCAGCCGCAGUGCUGCUGUUGCCUUUAUGUCGCGGCCGCGUGUCGUACCUGAGGAGCUACUUGACGAGAUGUGUCCGAAGCUGGCUGCGGACGUGUUUAUGCACGGCGGUAGCGGGGGAGCGCCAAAACACCAUGAAGGGGACGUCAUAGGAGCCAACGAGGAGGACGGUGGCGGCUCAGAACUGGCCGCCGACGGUGAAAAAGCAGAUCGGCCCCCAAAGGCGGUGCGGUUCAAAAGGGCCGAGACGAUGGAAAUGGAAAAGGCGCUGGGUAUUGACCUGCCGCCGUGCCAGGCCGUUUGGGGUGUGAUCGAGCACCCCGGCUGGGCACCACCCGACCAGGUCUUGCAUCGGUCACGAGGCGGCGGAGCGACCAGUGGUGGACGUGAAGAUGGAGGUGGAGGUGCAGGCGGCGGCGGCAGCGGUGGCGGCGGUGCUACGGCCGACCCUCUCGACGAGAACAUCAACCUGCAGUACAGCACAGUCCUCGCCGAGUUGCCAAACCUAAUUGAGGCCAAGGCACUAACUCUUGCGCCGCCAGACCCUUUCUCGGCAGCCGACCCGCCUCUCUUCGACCCAGAUGCUGUGGCCCUACUUGAACGGCCUUCGUACAUGGGCCUCCGCGAAUACCUCUACCACCUCGCCGAGCUCGGCGUCGUCGACAUAGAAGCUGAUGCACCGUCCCGCGACGCGCCCGUGGCCGACAGCGAUCCUCGCUCGCUGCGCGAAAUCGUUUCGUCUUUUGCGACGGAAUACGAGUAUGCGCGCUUUUCAACACGCAUGAUUUCCAACCACAUGUUUCGCCAGCUGAUGCACGAUCUGGCAACGAUCUUGCGCCGGAUGACACCUCUCGACCCAAGUGUUUUGGAAGACGACGAAGACGACGAGUAUGACGAAAGUGGAUACGACAAGGAGAGCAGCUUCAGCUUUGGCGAAGAAGACGACGAGGAUGGCGAUAUAAUCGAUAAUACUACACCAAUACGAAGUCGUAGACAGUGCCGGAACCAGCAGACGACGCCGUCCAAGCCGCCAGACGAACAAUCCGGACCUUGCAAGCCCAACUUUGCCACAGAAUCAGAGGCGUGCUCUACAACAGCCGCUACUAUCACCACGGCCCGAUGCCCGCCAAGCCAGGAGGGCAUCAAGGCAAACCACACGCCGGCCCUCAGUCGGCACCCAUACGCCCUCAGCAGCCAACCGUCGAGCGCCAGCCUGCGUUCGACCAACUCGAGCGGCUCUGUUAUCCGGCUGGCCGACCGCAACGAGCAAUCGUCGUCUGGAUUGCCCUACGUCAUAAUGGCACCGACGGCAUCGCCACAUACCUGGACGUGA